ACCGGAAAUCCAAGAUGGCGUCUUUGUUGUGAUUGCUCUCACCAGGGGAACUUGCUCGGUGCUCUUUUCCUGUAGCAAUCCCCACACGACGAAGGCAGAGAGAGACUCUAGGGCUAAAGUUCAGCCACUAGGUACUGCUGGUGCGUCCACUGGAGAGUACAGGAGAGUGUGUGGCGGAGCUGUGGGCAGGAAAAAGGUGUGGCCAAAGAAUAACCUUGCUGGUGGCUGUGUUGUAGCCAGAGGGUUGUGAGGGUGUGAAGGUUGUGGUUGUGGUGGAGGAGUGUUGAGGGGCAGGUGAUGCAGGUGGUGGAGGGGUGCAGGGGCCGCUCAGCCCCUCAGGUGCAUCCCACACCGUCAGCCUAUCCCGUCUGAGGACACCUUUGAGGACCCGCUGCAGAAUGAUGUUAUGAUGGGUGAUCGAGUGGUGGACAUUAAUGUUGCUACAGUGGAGGACUUGGAGACCCUGGUGGGUGUUGGCCGAGCCAAGGCCGAGGCCAUUGUCACCACCCGCAAUUCAAUGGUAGAGUUCAGAAGUGUGGAUGACCUGCUCCUUGUCCCAGGGAUUGGCCGAAGUCUUAUAGAACAAAAUCGCGGAUUACUAGUAUGUAGCAUUCCGGGUGGAGCUCCAGUAACCAGACACUCUGCUCCACGACGCAGUCUGAGGCGUACAUCUCACGACCAUCGACAACGGGGAGAGUGUGUUAAGUCGGAAGAAAGUUCCCAUGAGGUGCAGGGUGAUAACACAAACUGUGCCUCUAGUCAAGCUGUGAAACCAACCCGGAUAAACCUUAGGGACCUUAAUCUAUCUGCCACUUUAGAUCAGUUUCGUGCUGCAGAGCACACCAGUGCUACACGUUGUGUUCAGUGUAAAAAUGACUUACGACCUAAAGAGGAACUUAGAAAAGAAUACGAUGAAGAAAGGCGGGAAGGUGAAAAUGAUAAGAGAGAAGUUGCACUCAGUAUCUCGGGAGACACUAGUGACUGUUGUGAAUGUUGCCUUGAAGAUGAAGAAGAAGAAGAGAAGGAAGAAGAUGAUGGAGAAGUUAGUGUAGAUGUUGUACCAGUAAUUCAGAACAAUGAUGGGGAGAGGAAUGGUGAUAUUGUUGAGGACAUAAUGAACAGUGAUGACCUUGUGAACACUGCACCUGAAGUGAAGGUCAGUACUAGUGAUGUUUAUCAUAGUGGUGGUGGCAGAAGUGAACAUAGCUGUAAUGGGGGAAUUGUGGGAGGUUUAGGGACAGACACACCACACGAAGAUGCCCCUCCAGAUUUACCUCUAGACAUUCAGGUUCUGUCAUCCCAUCAAUUGACGGAUGGGGAUGACUCAUCUGAGGAGGAGGUCGAUGGAGGUGGUGAUGAGGAGGAAGAGGAAGAUGAUGAAGAAGAGGGACAUAUGGAGGAAGACAGUGUGGAAUAUGAUAGUGACGACUGCAUGACGGUAGAUCCUCCCACGUCUCCAUAUACUGACAAAAAGCAGAUUAAAAGAAAAUCUGAAGUUUGCUCUGAUUCUAAAGGAGUCUGUCCUGUGAAAAAAUCUUGCAAGGCUGUGGAACACAGUGGGGAAAGUAGUCGAAGAAAAGUUUGUGGUUUGGCAGCUCACAAAGUGUCUCCUCCUCCGGUGGGACUCAAAUCUUGGUUGGCCAAAUACCAGACAUGGUCACCGGCGCAAAAACGUCAUGCUCUGGACUCGUUAAUUGAUGUCUGUGAUCUUAAUGAAGUUCGCCACCUUCACCAGAUCAUACUGCCCCAGUUCCAACGAGAUUUUAUCUCCUUAUUACCAAAGGAAUUAGCUCUCUAUGUCCUUAGCUUCCUUCCUCCCAAGGAUCUCUUACGAGCUGCUCAGACCUGCAAAUACUGGAAUAUUCUUGCUGCUGAUAAUUUACUCUGGAGAGAAAAAUGUCGCGAAGCUGGUAUUGAUGAUCACAUGAUUGUAAUGGAUCGCAGACGGAGGAGAGGCACCAGCGUUAGCCACAUGUCUCCAUUUAAGGUUCGUUACUCUUUUAUAUAUAAUGUUUUUAUUAAAUAUUAUUUGAUACAACAUUGUAGCUUAAGGGUUUUUCACAUUUUCCAGAGUGAUAAGGAUUAAUCUAGGAAGAGAAUA